AUGCCUCCGGCACCAUUCAGGGGUCUGGUGGUCGUUGCCAGCGGUACCUUCUCUGGAUACAAGCAAGCGGACCUGAAGACUAUCGUUGAAAUUGGAGGCGGCUCUUUCAACUCCAAAGUGACUAACGAGUGUACGCAUCUUGUCACUACGUCGAAGGAGGUGGAUGGUAAUGGGUCCAAAUACAAGCAAGCUUGCUUAGUCGACAAUUGCCAGAUUGUCUCACUUGACUGGCUCCUUGACUCGCAGAAAGCGAAGAAAAAAGCCACAGAGAAGAAAUAUAUUUUUAGCCAGACAGACUCAGCGGUGUCUUCGGGCGUAGCAUCGGCACCCGCAGCAGAGGUCGAUAAGAAACGCCGCGGCCAAUCGACUGUAGAUGCGGAAGAACCCCCAGCAAAGAAAUUGCGAGAAAAGCCAACAGAGGAGAAGAAAAAGCUCAAUAUUCCUGUGGAUGAAGCAUGCAAAAAUGGCUCUGCGUUCGAUGUCUACAUUGACGAAGAAGAAGUUAUUUGGGAUGCCUCGCUCAACCUAACUGUUUCUAGCAAUAAUAACAACAAGUUUUAUCGUAUUCAGUUGUUGAAGUCCAAAAAAACAGACCAGUACGCUACUUGGACACGCUGGGGCCGAGUCGGUGAAACUGGCUCCGGUGCCAUGGUUGGACCAGGAGACUUUGCGAGUGCAAAAAGGGCAUUUGAGAAGAAAUUCAGAGAGAAGUCCGGCCUUCCAUGGCCCAACAGACUAGAUACACCAAAAGAUGGCAAAUACACCUUUGUGGAGAUUGACUACGAGGAUGAUGACGAGGAUGACAAGAAUGGUGGUGACAACGGCAUAAUUAAGAAGGAAAAUGAAGCGGAAGACGUGAAGCUUGACGAUGUCAAAAGCACACUUUCCGAACCCGUCCAGCAGCUCGUGGCACUUAUCUUCAACCAGGAGUAUGCUCUCCAAGCGCUGCAAGACUUGAACUUCGACGCAAAUAAACUGCCACUAGGCAAGCUUAGCAAACGCACACUGCAAACCGGCUUUGAGGUGCUGAAAGAGCUAUCGGAGUUGAUUAAUGACUCAUCUCUUGCCACGGAGAGAUAUGGAAGGACUUACACAUCUGCAUUAGAGUUGCUCAGUAACCGAUAUUUCACCAUCAUUCCGCAUGCAUUUGGUCGGAAUCGACCUCCGGUGAUUGCACAUUCGUCUCUGUUGAAAAAGGAAGUUGAAUUGCUCGACAACUUGACAGACAUGGAAAUCUCAAAUAAGAUCUUCAAGGAUUCGCUCACCGAUGAUCAAGUUCAUCUUUUGGAUAAACAGUUCAAGGGCCUUAACCUGGAUGAAAUGACGCCCUUGUCGAAAACAUCAACUGAAUUCUCGGAGUUGAAAAAUUACCUGUUGGAAGCAUACGGACCAACCCAUGGCUACAAGUACACACUCCAAGACAUCUUCCGUAUAGAACGCAACGGCGAGUCUAAGCGUUUUGAAGACGCCGGCUUCACAAAAACCCCGAAUAACAACCGUCGGCUUCUGUGGCAUGGCUCUCGCACCACCAAUUUUGGUGGUAUCCUUAGUCAGGGAUUGCGCAUUGCGCCACCAGAAGCCCCCGUGAACGGAUACAUGUUUGGAAAGGGUGUUUACCUUGCCGAUAUCUCGAGUAAAUCUGCUGGGUAUUGCGCCUCACACUCAAGCAGGAAUAUCGGAUUGCUUCUUUUGUGUGAAGUGCAGUUAGGUGACCCAAUGCAUGAACUCCAACACGCGAGCUUCACUGCUGGAGAUGAUGCAAAAGCUGCUGGUAAGUUGGCGACACUAGGAUUGGGCGCAACAGUACCGCUUGGUUGGAAAGACGCCGGCUGUGUACACCCAAGCCUGCAGGGAGUUUUGAUGCCCGAUGUGACUGCUGGACUGGGUGCGUCAAAUAAAGCCUGGCAUCUGCUUUACAAUGAGUACAUUGUAUACGAUGUUGCUCAGAUUCGCCAGCGCUAUCUGUUGAAGUUCAUCAAUGAAUUCCCCUACUCACAAGCAACACGCGACAUGAUCCGCGCAGUCCUCACAGCUGCCGGUCUAGCUGUCACUGCAUCGGCGCAGUAUUUCCCUCCUCCUGCCGAGGGGCUCACUAUCAUCAAAUCCAACGUGACCGAGGGUGUGACCAUUUCCUACAAGGAACCAGGCAUCUGCGAGACCACGCCAAAUGUCAAGUCAUUCUCGGGUUAUGUUCAUCUUCCGCCGCAUAUGCUGAAGGGCGUAGGUCUGGACCAAGACUACUCUAUCAACACUUUCUUCUGGUUUUUCGAGUCCCGCCACGACCCAGCCAAUGCCCCGCUGUCGAUAUGGAUGAACGGCGGUCCUGGCUCUUCGUCAAUGAUCGGUCUGUUUCAGGAAAACGGCCCGUGUACAGUCAAUUCGGACUCAAAUUCGACGGAACUGAACCCGUAUUCGUGGAAUAAUUAUGCCAAUGUUAUCUAUAUCGAUCAACCAAAUCAAGUCGGGUUCAGUUAUGAUAAGCCUCAAAACGGGACUCUUAACACGUUUACGGGAGAGCUUAAGCCGCUGAAAGACGGCGCAGCAAUCCCAGAAUAUAAUAACACUUUCUAUCCCGGCACUUUCCCCACUUUUGAAGGCCCGCGCUCAACAGCCAAUAAUACCGAGAAUGCAGCAAGAUCCUUGUGGGAAUUUGCCCAGGUUUGGCUCACUGAAUUUCCAGAGUAUAAACCCAUCGAUGAUCGAGUGAGUCUCUGGACGGAGUCAUAUGGUGGGCGCUACGGUCCAAGCUUCACUGCAUUUUUUCAGCAGCAAAAUGAAAAAAUUGCAGACGGGAGUGUUCAAGGGCAUUAUAUUCACUUGGAUACUUUGGGAAUCAUCAAUGGCUGUGUCGACCUGUUGCUGCAGGAGCUCAGUUAUGCGGAUUUUGCGUACAAUAAUACCUAUGGUAUUGAAACCAUCAACCGAACUGUCUACGAAGAGGCUGUUGAUGCGUGGAACAAGGAAGGCGGGUGUAGGGACCAGAUCCUGGAAUGUCGUACUGCGGCAUCCGUGGGUGAUCCACUCAGUUUUGGAAAUAACGAGACGGUCAACGGUAUAUGUGCUAACGCCUCUGAGUACUGCAGUAAUGCAUUAGAGGGACCUUAUCUUGACUUUGGAGACAGGGGCUACUACGACAUAGCUCACAACAUUCUUGACCCCUUCCCACCGAAUUAUUUUAAAGGAUAUUUAAGUCAGCGUUGGGUCCUUGGAGCAAUAGGUGCUGCAGUGAAUUGGUCCGAGAGCAUUGAAUCCGUGUAUAAUGCUUUUCAAGAUACAGGAGACUAUGCACGGUCCGACGUUCUCGGCUAUGUCGAAGACAUCGCCUAUAUCCUGGAUCAAGGUAUCAAGGUUGCUCUCGUCUAUGGCGAUCGUGAUUAUGCGUGCAAUUGGAUAGGAGGCGAAGAAGUCAGUGUGGCCGUGGAUUACAGCGAUGCCGACCAAUUUCGAUCUGCCGGUUACGCUGAUUUGUAUACGAAUACUUCAUUUAUUGGCGGAAAGGUUCGCCAAUAUGGCAACUUCUCCUUUACGCGUGUAUAUCAGGCCGGCCAUGAAGUGCCAGCCUAUCAGCCCGAAACUGCAUUCGCCAUUUUCAAUCGGUCCCUGGAGAACCUGGAUAUUGCUACGGGUAAAAUAUCUACGGUGGAAAAUGUUACUUACGCCACAGAAGGCCCGUCGAGUACGUGGGAGGUCAAGAAUGAGGCUCCCCCGAUGCCAGAACCGAUAUGUUACAUUCUCGCGUUGUGGGAGACAUGCACGGAUGAAGAGGUUGAAACUAUUGUCAAUGGCACGGCGUUGAUUCAAGAUUAUAUACUGAUUAAGGAGGAGGACGAUCAGCCGAGCGAGCAUGCGUUUGAUGACGGCAGUGAGAGCAAGCUCGACGGGUGGCACUAUCAGCUUGUGUUGUCGAUAUCGGAAUUUUUCAACAUGCUUUUGUAA